CUUAAAUGAUAAAUCUAUGAGUAAAACAUCGUUCUUUCCCCUCUUUAUAACUAUCUACCUCUUCUCUCUUUCUCUCUCCGCAGACUCCUCCUCCCUCCUCCCCCCUCCGUUUUUUCCCUCCUCUCCCUCCCCCCGUUCCUCUAUGCUCAGUUCGGUGUGUGUCUCCUCUUUCAAAGGGCGCAAGGGUGGGAACAAGUCGGCCAACAAAGCAUGUUACAGCGCAGACAUGCCUUGUCCGUCGGAAAGCGAGAAAAUUGUGAUAAACUGCGGGGGGGUUCGACACGAGACUUACCGCAGCACCCUGAAGACGCUGCCCGGUACCCGCCUGUCGUGGUUGACAGAACCGGACGCAUUUAACAACUUCGAUUACGACCCCAAAAUAGACGAGUUCUUCUUCGAUCGCCACCCUUCAGUCUUCUCCUUCAUCCUUAACUACUACCGGACGGGAAAGUUGCACUGUCCCAACGAUGUGUGCGGUCCGCUGUUCGAGGAGGAGCUCGCUUUCUGGGGCAUUGAUGAGACGGACGUGGAGGCGUGCUGCUGGAUGAACUACCGACAACAUCGGGAUGCAGAGGAGGCGUUGGACAGCUUCGAGAACCCCGAGCCAGAGGAGGAGGAUGACCCAGCGCUCAUUGGAGGCGCGGACGGGGAUCUGAAGAGACUUUGCCUCCAAGAGGACGGGGUGAGGCCGAGCUGGUGGCGCGUGUGGCGGCCCAGAUUCUGGAACCUGUUUGAGGACCCCUACUCAUCCAAAUAUGCCCGGUAUGUGGCGUUCCUGUCUCUCUUCUUCAUUCUUAUCUCUAUCUCCACCUUCUGCAUGGAGACGCACGAGGCCUUCAAUACCAUCUACAACCGCACAGAGAAUGUGACCAUAGGCAACGUCACAACAGAGGAGAUUAUGUACGAGGUGGUGACGGACAGGUGGUUGACCUACGUGGAGGGUGUGUGCGUCGUCUGGUUCACCAUCGAGGUCUUCGCACGCGUGGUAUUCUGCCCAGACAAGAAGGAGUUCUUCAAGAGCGCACUGAACAUCAUCGACUUUGUGGCCAUCCUGCCCUUCUACCUGGAGGUGGGCCUGAGCGGGCUCUCAUCCAAGGCCGCCAAGGACGUGCUGGGCUUCCUGCGCGUGGUUCGCUUCGUCCGGAUCCUGCGUAUCUUCAAGCUGACGCGCCACUUUGUCGGGCUGCGCGUGUUGGGCCACACGCUCCGCGCCAGCACCAACGAGUUCCUCCUGCUCAUCAUCUUCCUUGCGCUGGGCGUCCUCAUCUUCGCCACAAUGAUCUACUACGCCGAGCGCAUCGGGGCUGACCCCGCCGACCCGACGGCCAGCGCCCACACUAACUUCAAGAACAUUCCAAUCGGCUUCUGGUGGGCCGUGGUGACCAUGACCACGCUGGGCUAUGGGGACAUGUACCCAGAGACGUGGUCAGGGAUGCUGGUGGGUGCCCUGUGUGCCCUGGCUGGUGUGCUGACCAUCGCCAUGCCUGUGCCCGUUAUCGUCAACAACUUCGGCAUGUAUUACUCCCUGGCCAUGGCCAAGCAGAAGCUGCCCAAGAAGAAGAACAAACACAUUCCACGGGCGCCCCAACCCGGAUCCCCCAAUUACUGUAAGCCAGAUGCACUCGCCAUGGCAACUGCCUCGCCCCAGAGAAUCUUGGGUAACGUGCUGGGCGGCGUGAUGGGCUCAGGGGAGAUCGGACGGGACUGUCCACUCGCGCAGGAGGAGAUCAUCGAGAUAAAUCGAGACUCGAAGCAGAAUGGCGACGCGGCGAAUGCGGCACUGGCCAACGAGGACUGCCCCACCAUCGACCAGGUGCUGAGCCCCGACGAGCGCAGUCCGGCCGGCCGCACCCGUGAUCGCUACCCGCAGGACCGCGCCUGCUUCCUGCUCAACACACGCGAGUUCCGCAACACUGACACGAACGUGAGGAAAGAGGCAUCCGCCCUGGCAGCAGCCCCCGACCCCUCCCUGGCUGAGGAAUGGUAUAAGCUGGAUGGGUCACUGCUACAGCAGGACCUCAAUGCAAACUCCGCCUCCUCCUGGAUCAAACCAUAAACCCUGAGAGUGUUAAGUUUCUAGCGUUCAGCAGUUGUCUAGCAAGGAGACGGCGAGCGAAUUUAACCCGUGUUAACUGACGGGAUGCAUCAACCAGAUGUGACAUAUGACAAGGGUGGGCGUAGCAAGAGGAAGUGACCCGGAAAACAAAAAGAGAAACAAAAAAAAAAGAUAUCUGAAUCUCCUCGUGGCCGGAUCUCCACAUGGUAACCAAAGCAACCUCACGGAACUCCGGAACACUCUUUUGUCAAUGGACUGACUGGUUACUUUGACAAACUUAUCUUUGCACUGCCACCUACAAAGAGAGAUAGACUCUUUAAAAAAGACAAGAAAAAAUGUGAGUGGGAAAAAAAUAUCAAAAAACAUUCCAAAACACAUGACCUGUCUGUUAUUUAGUGGACUACCUGGCUCCUGUGAUACACUAUGUAAUGCAGUUGAGUCUAGUGCAAAUGUGACACUCGACAAAGAACAAGGGACACACAACAAACAAACUAUGUAGCAUCUCUGCUAACACACUGUAGCAUUUGUUGGCUGGGAAAAAAUAUAUUGACAGGUGACGUUUUUUGUCUCAUGGACCAUUUGCACAGACUGAUUUUAAAGAUGAACUUGGUAAACACACAUUUUAACAUGUCAUCCCCACUGCCAUUUUAAAACACAGACACACACACACACACACACACACACACACACACACAGACACAAACAAACUUACAAAUAUAAUCGAAGCCAACCACAGAAAAAAUGAUCCCCUGUGAUCUCCAGUAACAUUAAUUCAAUAGAAUACUCAAUGUCAGUAAAAUACUCCAGAUAUUCCACAUUUUUAUGAAAACAAUCCUUUUAUCUAUUAAUGGUCCACAUUGAAGGGAACUGGAUUAUCACACCAGUUACUCAGUCUUCCAUUGGUUUGCAUCAGAGGCAACAGCAAAUCAAGCUCAACCUGCCAAAGCCCUCAGCCCAUCAAGCUCAACCUGCCAAAACCCUCAGCCAAUAAAGCCCGAACCUGCCAAAGCCCUUUGGGUAUGACCAAAUGAAGAAGGACAUAAACACAGGAAGUAGCGAAAGCUCUCUCUCUGUGCUAUGCCCUCGAAGGUCCUCGGACGACAAAAGCGAUUGAGAUUUUCCAGCAUUUUCUGCCUGUCCCCUUAUAUGUCACUUCCUAACAGAGCCCAGAGAGGACCUGCUGCCACUCGAGUGAGUUUGUCCUCUCUGCUGCCGACUGUAUGAUGAAGAUGACCAAGCACAGAGGUAGAGAGAGAGAGGUCUCUUCCCGCAGCUUUGCUAGGUGUGGGCUAGUGAGGCUUACCGGUAAAUCGUUGUCCCGUCGGACCACGCACAUACCCCGCAACGUGCGCUCCACUGCCGAGCCCCCCCUGUGUUGGGCUCUCCAACUGACUGAAUCACAGACUGCCCUGUCCCUCCACCCCACCGCAGACAAGGUCAACGUGUGGGGCUCCAGAGACAAUACUGCCACACUCCCCAGACUUUUACACACACACACACACACACACACACACACACACACACACACAGACACACAUACACAGAUAUAUACACAACAGAGGGGAGCCACACAGGCACUUUUGUGAGCAGAAUAUGCUCGCACCGAAACAUGCCCCAUCCCUGUACAGGUCCCCUCGGAGGAAAAGGAACGAAAGUCUGGACAUCUCUCUCGAACCCUUCCACUCCUGUCUCCUCUUUACUCCCUCUCUCUCUCUGUUAUGCUCCUGCUGAGCAGCACUUUCUCAUCUCCGUCAAGAUGGGAACGUUAUCACCAUAUCACCAAAAAGAAUGCAAGGACCAAGUAAAGGGAGAACUCCGAAAAAAAAAUGUCCAAAAAGAACAAAUCUAUAUUUUAAUAAGUUGACCAAGAGAGUCUCCGCGAGAGGAGAAGCAGGUCCAUUGAAGCUCUCAGCAUCGCGUGGGUCAACCAAGCCCUUGGCCACCCCUCAACCACUGCCAUUUCCUUGCAUGAGCAGGGAGAGAGAGAAAGAGAGGAUAGAGAAAUGGAUGGAGGAUACAGAGAGCUCUUUCCAGGGAUUGGAGAGAGAGGACUAGAGGAACGCACCAUGAGGGGAUUCACUGAAAGGACUAGGAAAAGAGAUUAAAAAACACUAUCAAGAAAAAAAAAGAAAACAGAAAAUGCAUUUUUGUAACUUUGUUUACCAGCAUGAGUACUCUGCAUGACUGUAUUUCCUGCAAGCCCGUAGUGGAAUAUGGGGGCUAGAAAUACUUAAAAAAUAAAUAAUAAAAAUACUAAUAAAUAAUAAAAUAAAUAACAAAAAAACAUGAUAUGCAAUUAAUAUUUAAAGAAAAAAAGAUUAUAUUAAAAGAGCUAUAUUUUGUUUUUAAAUGGUAAAAAAUGUGAAUAAAUAAUGGAAAAAAUGUGUAUGACUGCAAGAUAAAUACUGAACUAUGUUUUAUUAGUUGAGCAAAAACAUGAGAAGCCCACCAAAUUUCUUUGGCUAGUUACUGCCCCAUGUUUCGCACUUCUUCUUCAGUCGAUGCUGUCUCCACCUGUGUGCACUGCCUAGCUGGGCCCUAGGCGCCCCUAGACUUCCUGUAGGAUGUUCCAACCUGUCUGUCUGCUGGCGACGAUAGGCCCAGCUCUCCCUGUUUGUGUCCGUAGAGUCAUGUCCUCUUGCCCUGAUGCUCUGUGGACCGAGCAACUGCACAAGUGUCUUUGUAGCCAUGAAGGGGGUGCUGAAACUGAAGCCUUCCGUGAAACUAAUGUUAGCACAUGUAGAGCAGAGCGCCCUGGCGUUCUCACACAAAAGUUAAUCUCCGUUGUUUUUUUUGUUUUUUUUGGUCAUUGUGUGUUUCUUUUGCCAUCCUCUUUCGUUUCCUUACUGUUCUUCUACUUCCUCCUGUGCUUUUUUUCAUUGGCAAUAAUUCCUACGUGUGGAGAGAUGAUUGUAGCAGGCAGAAAAUACGAAAAUGCCUACCUGUUUAUUUCCGUCACCUAGAUGCAGUAUGGGAGUUGUAGUUCUGUGUGGGAAAGCCAGCACCUCUCCAAGGAGAGCUGCUCAAACCUCUGUUAAUCUCAGGUGGAAGGCAGUUUGUGUCAGACAAGUCAGGGUCUCCUAUUGGGACCUGUCUAUUUGUUUCCCACAUCAGUGACAGGUAUCCCAUGGUCCUAAAGUUAUCCUUCUGCAGGGUUUCGAUGAACGUUUAGCAGGCAGUAAUGUUGACAGCAUGCAUUAUAUGAUUUAGCUGUAUCAGUUGCAAGAUAUAGAGGACAAGAUGUGAUGUCCGUCUUUCUGUGUGCGUUUCAGUGAAGUCCUGGGAUCACUGUGCUUAAACAUGGAAUAGAAAAGUCUUCCCUCGGACAUAGUGGUCACAGCUCUGCACUGCAUGAUUGAGACUAUGGUACAUGUAGUUGCCGGAAGUUUUUCUCGAAAGAAUUGAGGCUCCUCUUCUCUUCUCACCUCAUAUCUGGUUUGGUAAGGCCCACGUGGAGCGACCCCAAGCACCCAACACACAGUAGCCUUUAUGUUCCUUAAAGCUAGUGUAAUUGUUUUUCUAAUGUGAGCAAUUGGUUCUGCUGACAUAGCUUGUGUAUUGCUGUUAUUGUUUCAGCUAGCUGGACUGCAGUGGAAUUAGCCUUCCUCGCAUUGAACUGCCCCUGUCUUCCAUUGUAGCACAGUCCACAGACGAUAACUCCCCUUAGUACUGAGAGCAGAGAGAAUGAGAGAGAGAAGAGAGAGAAUGAGAGAGAAUGAGAGAGAGAAGAGAAAAUGAGUGAGAGGCUAGUCCAGUUUAGUCAAGUGGUUCUGGAAAGGCACAAAUAUAAGAGGGGUCUCACAGGGAGUGCUUCUGUUGUGUCAGUGGUGUGAAACAGGAGGAAUGAGGUCGGGUGGUCUAUGUUAGCCUUCACAUCACUGUUGUUUAUUAUAGAAAGGAAUGUGAGCAGCUGUCUGUCAUUGAGGCUCACAAAAAGAAACGCAGAUGUGUGCUGUGGUUCUGCUACUGAGCAGGACUAUGUCAGUGAUUCCAGAGUCUCUCACUGGCCGGUAACAAUUCAUUCUUUUUGCCAUACACACCUCAUUCAUUUGAUACUGUCUUCAAGUGCAUUUGUCUGUCAUUUUUGAUUCUAUUUUGUAUUGAUUUUAUAUCAAGAUAUUACUUCAUAAUUUUGCACAAGUUCCAUUAAGUUGUUCAAUCACCAAAAUAAAUGUUGAAGGUUUCCAUGAUCAACCACGCUCACUUAAAUAGAAAAGAUUUGAUGUCUUAUUUUAGAAGACAUUAUGCCUCCCAGUCAGGGGUCAUGAAAUUGAGGUAUUAUAAAUAUUUCAAAGGAAAUUUCCCACAAGGAAUACUUUGGGGGAAAAGCUUCCCCUGUAAACCAUGUUGAGUGUUUUAUUCUGUUCAUCACCGAGAUCCACUGGAAACCACCUCACGACUUGUUUAGUGAGAAGGUUGAAGUCCCUCUCCCCAUCCCUUCCCUACAGCGCAUAGUCCUUUCUCUGGUUCUGAUACCAUUUAGAUUUUGAUGAGUGGGAAUGGUCCGUGACUCCGUGCUUUGAUUUCACUUUUUUGUGAUAUUCAUGUGCCUGCUGUUGUAAUUGUUUGGGGGGCAAAAAAAGCCCUUUUUGUUUUUGUUUAUGUUCCUUAGGUUAUUUUUUGUUUGUUAUGUACUUGAAUUAAGAAUAUGCAAUCUGUACCACUAUGACCACUGCCACAAAUACAGCAAGACUUUAUGAUUCCAUGUACAGACAUGAUCGAUAAUUGUGAUGCUUAUAUAUAUAUAUUAUUCUGAUUAUGGUUUACCAUUUAAAACCCCCUGUGCCCUUAUAGUACGUCCACUGCACCUACUGUGUGUGCGUGUGUGUGUUUGUAGAAUAAGCAUGCAUGUGUAAGUGCUUAGUGAAGGUCAGACAUACACAGGCAUGGAACACUUUAUUCCAUCAGUUAGACCCAAGUCACAGACCCCAGUACAGCGAGAAGCAAAAUGAGGGAUUAUCAUGAUGAAGAUGAUGAUGACGAUGAUGGAGAAUAGAACGCAACACAAGUAUGACAGACACACAGUGCAGGAUCCUUGCACCUUACAGAAUAAAAGCCCUUGCAACCCCAGUUGUGUAUGACAAAUAACUGACUUGCUGUGGCACAAAAAGAAUAAUCAAUAUGUCAUUACACACAGAGCCAGUGAUGUAUCGCUGCCAUUGUUCAGAACCCUGAUCAGACAAUCCCCACGGCACGCCUGCACAGUAGAGAGCUGUUGAGGUGGAAGAAAGGUCAUCUCACAGAGGUGACGGGGGGUCAUGGGGGAUACGAUGGGUGCUGGAGUUUUAUUUUGGAAAUGUUGUUAAAGACACAACCAUGAAUCACCGCGAAGUGUGCAUUUCAAUGUAAUGUUUGUUUUUAUCUUUUAAUAUUUUCCCC